UGAUUUAACAAUUGUUGGUGGACGACUACGACGACGACAGCCUGCGGACGCAAGGCCCGCCGCCUUUCUUUCUUUUUAAUUCUCUCUUCAAGAGCCUGCUGGCUGCUUCUUUCCUGUUCUCCUGCUUUUUUCACCACGCUGGGCGUGCAAUUUCAGGCAGCAACAACCAACACAGAUGGCUCUUCGCAAAAGGGGUCCUCCUCCAGGUCUCCGCAUCGAAACUCCAGCUUGCCCGCUCGUCGACACUAAAUCGGGCAAUGUCGGCCGACCACCCUCCCUCAGGAACAUGAAGAAGCUCUCCCUCACUCUCCCCGACGCCCAGCCAUCGUCCGACAGCAUUGCCGCCGCCCUCCCGCCAAGGCCCCGACGUCCUUCUGUCAUCUCUCUCCCUGCCCCCACACCCGCCGCCCUCCUUGCUCGCAGUGAAGAACACGAUCCCGACGUUCCCUACGCUGAUGGCCCCCUCCAAAUCAUACCAGGCAUCUGGCUAGGCUCAGAGGACAACGCUCGCGACUGGCCACAGCUCAGAGAUCGUGGCAUCAAGGCUGUUUUGAACGUCGCCAAGGAAGUCGCCUCCCCCUUCGACUCCUCCAAGCCUCUCCGUUCCUUCGCCUCAGCACCGAACCUCAAGGCUUCACAGCCAGACCUCCCCGAUACUUUCUAUCCCGCCCACCACGCCUCUGGACGACCCGCCAUGCACUAUCUCAAACUCAUGUGGUCCCACGGCCAGCAGGAUCUCGUCGCUUCUGGGUUCCCAGCUGCAAUGGCAUUCACCGACGCCGCACUCGAACGGGGCGAGGGCGUUCUGAUCCACUGCCAGUGUGGCAUUUCUCGCUCAGCUACCAUGGUAAUCGCCCUCGUCAUGCGCGCGGCGGCCGAGCGCUCCCCCAACGUCCCACCGGAGAUAUGGGCCCUCAAGGGCAUGCAGCCCGCAUAUGAUUUCGUAAAACAGAAAAGCAAAUGGAUAGGCCCCAAUAUGUCCUUAAUAUACCAGCUAUUGGACUAUGAACACAAGCUGACCGGCUCUCCUUCCAAUUCGGAGCGUUCCUCGAUCGUUGAUGAGGAAGAGGAGUGGGGUAGGAGGAGACGGUUGCUUGAUGAGGCUCCAUCAGAACCUGAGGAUGAAGAAAAUACGUUUGUCAUGCGGGAGGCCAAGGCACUUGACAAGGCCAUGGAAGACCGUAUUGUCGCACGGAAAUCAUCUGCCUCGUCGACAUCCUCGAUGGGCUCUUCGACCUCUGGUGUCGGUAUGGGCGUCGCGUGGAGAAGUCGCUAUGGUGCCCGCAAGCGCACAGGAUCAGUAGCGAGCAGUAUCUUUAGUGAAGAGUUGGUGGAGGAAGACGAGGAGCACAGUCUACUGGACGAGCAGCUUUUGAGCGUGAGACAUCAGUCAUCGUCGACUAACUCGCCCGACGAUGUGGACUAUAGACGGAGUACGACGUCGCGUCCGCCUCCGUCGGCUCCGAUAUGGAAAACAUCAUUCAGCUUCGCACCGCCACCGUCGGCAACGCGUGCGACGUUUGAUAUGACACCCAAGCCUAAGCGGCGACCUGUGCCGAUCCUCCCGCCUGUUCCGCCGUCGCCUACCAACGUCGUCGUCAGCAACUCUCCUCCAAAAGCGCCCAAGCACCACCCUUCACCGUCGUCGUCACCGUCGCCCCGUCCCCACAAACUGUCCUUGCGGAUGCGCACCGAGUCGCGGAAACCAGCACCCCCACCUCUUCACCUGCGACACUCUGUUCUGAACCAGGCACGGCCACAGACAAGUCAUGCUGCUACGCCAAGUCAGACGCUGUUUGUUUUCCCGCCUAGUCCGACGAUGGGCAGGACGCCUGCGACGAUGACACUGACGAGUGAAGGAGUGCCGUGGCCUGCGAUCACGCCUCGUGUGUCAAUGUUCCGGUCGCAUGGACGGACGAGGAGUUUUAUCGGUAUUGCUGCGCCGCCUACGCCUACGACAGCGUUUAGCAAGGUGGAUGCAAGGGGGUAUGUGGGGUUGGAAAGCAGUAUGUUGUAAGCCUAUGUCUAUGCUCUCUAUGCUUUCCGUCACUGGGAUUGGGGUCCGGUCUCUAUUUGAUCAUUCUCUAUCAAUUUCUUAUUUACACUUGCAUUUGAACUCUUCACCGCACACCACCAUUGACUUUUUUUUUUCUUUUCUUUUCUUUUGCUGUUUAUUUGUUUAUUUCAUGUAUCACCAGAGUUCAUUGAUCGACGUUCGUUUUACGCCUAGUGACUUUCGUUUAGUGUUGUUUUUCGAUGCACAUACAUUUUUUGAUUGUUUAUUCGACCUCUAACGGAGGUAUAUAUUAUAUAUUGUAGCACUACGGAAGAAUAAAAAGUGGUUGCGAUACAGUCUACUUGAAUAUU